GUAGACUUGUAGCAACCCCAUUGGCCAUCAUCCUUACCCAAUGCAUUAUUGAUACUUUGUCCCUUUAAUAUGCCCUCUAAAAUACUCUGCACUUCCAAUAGAUUUUGAAGGUCACAAUUCAGAGCAGAAAUCUGAAAUUGAUUUUACAGAUUGACCAAAACUCACAUGCUCAUUCAGUCUGACUGAGAAAACCAGUGGCUUCAAAAUGGGAAGAGAGUCUCCUUCAUCUUGUGAUUCUUAUCCAGUAAAUGCUCAUGAAGGAACUUCCAACUAUGAUGAAACCAUUAUGGAGCACAGCUUACACUUCACUGAUAGUUUGAAGGAGUUGAAGUGUUUGAGGAUGCAAUUAUACUCAGCAGCAGAGCAUUUUGAGUUGUCUUUUGGAGAAGUACAGAAGCAGCGUUUAGUGGUGGAAAGCUUGAAGGAUUAUUUGAGCAAAGCAGUGAUUAGCACAGUGGAUCACUUAGGGUGUGUGGCAUCUAAACUGGACACUUUUUUGGAUGAAAAGGUGGAUGAGUUUUCUUCUACAACACUUCGACUCUCCUGCAUUGAACAGAAAUCAAGAUCAUACCAAGAAUUCAUUGACCGGAGUGGACUUAUGCAAAACUCCUUGGCUGUCAUAGCACCAAAGUAUCAGAAACAUUAUUAUAUCAACCACGGAAAGUCAAAUGAGAAAAACAGUUCAGAGAAAGCCUCAGUGUACUUAGAAGAUGAUAUGCACCGAAGUCAUUACAAGCGAGCUUUUAUAGGACCAAGUACAGCAAAGGGACGUCCUCCCAUACAUAGGAAAAGAAAUCCCAAGCCAUCAUCAAUAGAAGCCUCACCAAAUCCAAAUCCUCAGGCAUUUUCUUUUAUGAGGAAUGCACCUACCAAGGAAGUUGAGAAGCGGUCACAUUCUCCACUUCGCUUUAUGAUUAAGCGAUCGGGAUCAUAUGCCAAUAGAUCGGAUUCUCCCACUCCUUACAAUCAACAACGGUGCCCAUCAGCGCCUAGGAGAAUGGUUCAUGCAAAUACAAAUCAAGCGAGGCACGAUCCACAAGAUUUGGAACUCCAAUCUAAAAAGGCUAAACAUAUGCUGAAAGCGUUGCUUAACAUCCAUAAGUCAAAAAAAGGAGUAGUAUCCAGUUACCAGGAUAAGAGGUGAAAAAAGGAAUCAAGAUUCUUCAUUUCAGCAUGGAUUAUUUUGUGUAUAUUUUAGCCAGCCCAUGUGUUGUUCUUCAAGAUAACCCUUCUCAUUUGGAACACCACAAGAUGCAGUGAUAUAUAUAGAUAUUAAAAGUUCUUAUUGUGACAAGACCUUUUAUCGUGAGAAAUUAUAAUCUCUAAUUUCCAUUUUUCUA